UGGUUCCGUGUCAUACGGAAAGCUGAAAAAAGUGACUUUCUGAAGAAAAUCAAUGAGGGAAUUAAAAACGCAAAACAAACCAAACGCAUGCUCCAUGUAGUCUUUUCUUUAUGCAUAAAAUAAAAAUACGGCAAGCGUGACGUUUCCUUGGUGUAAUAAGUAUGUGUUAUUAAAUUCGAAUUUUAGAAAUACAUAGGUACAAUAAUAAUAAGUAUGGAAUUUUCUAUCCAAGCGUAUGAUGUCAAAUCUCAAGACCAUGAUUUUCCAAAAAAAUUGCAAGAUACCGAUACACAAAUGACAUCAAGCACUGUUUCAAGUUUGUCAUCCCCUGUAGAUUCUGGUGUUCAGUUACUGGACAGCGAAAGUGAAAUAACAUCAGUUAUGUCAGUAAGUGGAUAUAACUGCGAUAUAGAAAAUAUACCCACAGAUAGUAACAAAAUCAGUAACAAAUACAAUAUUAGUGAUAAAAUUUUAAUACAUCAAGAACAAGUAAAAGAGGAAAAACGUGAUAUUGAGAAACCUCUUAUCGAAGAAGUAAAGGUUAUGACAAAAAGUGAUAUUAUUAAUCAAAAUGUGUGUGACGAAUAUAAAAAAAUAUCCUCUUCAGUCCCAAGCUACUUUGAUGAUAGGAAAUUCGAUACUGCAUCCAGUACUAAAUCAGAACACCAACAGUUUAGUGAUGAAAUAUUUGAAAUGGAACAUCCUAUUAAAAACGCUGAGAAUACAGACAUCAUGAAUGUUUCUUUGACGAGCUAUGAGCUCUUAGAUUACACACUCCAAAAUAAAAACUUAACUGUAGAAAAUCCAGAUAUGCACGUAAGUCUCUCUGAAGAGGUUAAUGAAAACUUAAAACUAACUCUUAACACAGAAUCUACAGAAGCUCAACCUACAUUACCCAUACAAGCAGUUACAGAAGAGAUUCCAAUUAGUGAUAACAAGAAUGAAGAACAAAUUGUGUUUAGAAGACAGAGGAAGAAAAAAUCUAAAUCAGAUACGCCUAAAAAGAGAGUUUCAUUCCAUGAAGACAUUUUGAAUAGCACCAAAAUAGACGAUAUUCAUAUAAAUCAUGGUUUUAUUACUCAUGAACCCGAAGUAUCAUUAAGUUUUUUUCAAAGAGGAUUUAUUAGAAAACCAGAUGUUGUUAAAGGAAGAUACAGUUGGGCAGCGGAAGGCGACGCUCCUUAUUAUGAAAAACCGUCAACUGAACGAGAGGUAAAAUCGGAUAUCUACAUAAACCAUCACAAACAUUCUUCAACGUCGUCAAGCUCAACGGGCAGCUCAACAAGUUCCAUUGAUGAAGAAGAUUCAGACGAAACUUUUGUGAAAAAGGAACCCAGUUUGAAAUCAAAACCAAAAUCAAGUUGUUUGAAAAAAACCAAACACCCCAAAAAAUAUAUAGACACUAAUAUUGUUCAAGAAGAAAUAGCUAUUAAAAAGAAAAAAUCAGAAACCAACUUAUUGGAUUCUAAUAUUUUUGGUAGUUUGAAAAAUAUUUUAAAUUUCUCUUCUUCGGUGCCAUUGGCUGAACGUGGAGUACCAGAAGGACAGGAAGAUUUAUCAGUGUACUCCACUUCUCAUGAUGGAUCGAAUAGAAAAUCUUUGGGAGAUUUGAAACUUAGAUGUUUCGAAACUAUUGAGAUACCACCACCAGCUGUGAACAAAUUGAAUGAGGCAAAGAAUAAUUUGAAAUUAACUAAAAGUGAAGGGUUCUAUCCCACUUAUCCAAAUGUUCAGCAAAAUUUACCAGGAAAUAUUAUACUUUGUGACAGUAAUGUAUAUGAACAUAAAGGUAUCAGUUAUUCUUAUGAAUACGAUAAGUUCCAAAAGACUUUUGAAAAACAGCAAACGCCCAAAAGUUCAACAGUUUAUCAAAUGAUACUGAAAGAAUUCAAUUUCUUUAGAAGACGGGCUCGAGAAGAACAGCGAACUGACCCAGAAGACGAUUUUGAAAUAAUUAGUAACAAUGCAUCUACACCUGUACAAAAUAUUGAAAAUUCAGAAAUUGAACAAGUUGAAGAGCCUCGAACAACAGAUACAAAACCAAGUGCUACAACACCGAGUAACACGAGCUUAACAAAAUCGUCUAAAAUUGAUUGGUCAGAUAAUGAAACAAUAUCUGAUUUAGUGGAACCUCAGAACCCGAGACAUCUCAGUUCGCCUAAGAGAAAAAUUAACAAAACGAACCAUUAUUCGAUCAGCAAUUCGUUUAAAUCAAAUUUGUCGGACAGGUCGGAAGAUACUGAGAUUGCAAAAUCAUUACCCUGUUUAAAAUCUUCUAACUCAAAAACAUCUUUAAUUAACAGAUUUUUGAAAAAUGUAACAUUGAAGAAAAUGGUAGAUGCUAAAAUACAGUAUAGACAAAAGAAUUCAAGAAGAGUGGUGAAUUUGUACGUAAAGGGAGUUAAGCAGGUGCCAAAAUGUGAUGAAAUCGAUCAAUAUUUAGAGAAAGAAAUUGCUGUUGGUCGUAAUAAUGUUAAAAACUAUAUGGAUAGCUUAGAUAAGAAAAUGGUUGUGCAAUUUAGAAAAGAUAUCUUUAGAAAUAGGCUUGAAAAAUUACAUAGGGUGUUUCAUGUAAGAAGUGCAUACACAACAGAUGGUGAAUCUAGACCUCUAUUAGUUAUUUUAACAGACAUCACACUUUAUAUAGUAAGUUCCAAACCAACUGGUACCUUAACUAACCAUUUUGUUCUUCCUUAUACUGACUUGGAUACGAUUUUAAUCGGACCUCAAGGACAAACCAUCCAUUUUUCGAAUCAUGAUAAAGAAAUGCAAUGUCUUGUUAGUACAGGAUGUACAAAUUUGACAAGUGAUUUAGUUGGACAGCUAGAAAUUGCAAUGAGAAAAGAUAUUAAUAAACCUCGUUUACCAGCUGUAAGGCAGCUUACUAUGAGAGAUAUGGUAAAUUUGAGAAGAUCUAUUUGUAGAACUACCUCUGUUCAUAAAGAUGAAGAAUAUUUCUACUACAGUAUUGUAAAUGUUCAAGAUUGUACAUCGGAUCUCGACCCUACUCCUUUAGGACCUAAUAAGGAAGGUCCUUUGAUGUUUAAAACUUCAGAAACAGAAUCAACACGAUGGGAAACUGCUUAUUUUAUUUUAAAAGCCGGUGUUUUGUACAUGUUAUCUUCGCCUUCUCAAAGAGUACCCAUGAGAGUGUUUCCCCUCAUUAAUGGUUCUUGUCAAGGUGCUAGAAGAGUACCGAAUAGUGCAAGGCCACAUACUUUUCAAGUUAUUGUUGAAGGGAAGAGUUUACUGCUGGCCGCACCCAAUGAAUACGUGGCAAGUGAAUGGUUACAGGAAUUGGUACAUGCUGCUAGUGGAAUGUACAGUCACCAACGUGAAAAAAAUCCAACUCAAUCGUGUUCAUUGUUGAUGACCAGUGAACACAUCCUAACUGUUAGAGAAGCAUUUCCUAUCAUGUUGAACAGUUUAUUGACUACGAGAAGUCUUCAUGAACCAAUCAAGGGAACUCAAGCCUUGUCAUGUGCCUCAAUAGUCAAUUUAACAGCAUUUCGUUUACCAUCUGCUGAACAAAGUUGGUGUAUACUGGAAUUUGCUUGUAGAGAGGUACAUGAAUAUAGUGGUGACUGGAUAUUGUAUUUCUCAACUAAUGUAGAAUUGGAAAAGUUCAUAUCGACACUUGAGAACCUUUGGCAUUACAAUAAUGACAAGGGAGACAGCUUUCCUCUAAAUACAAUACCAGAAACAGAUCCAUUGAGUAAAAAAUGCGUAGAUGUUUAUACAUCUCUACUUGGAACCUGGCCGUCUAUUUCUAGUACAGUAUUACUUCAGUUCUUAUAAGCGAAAACAUUGUUUAGUUCAAUUUUUUGUUCACGUAUACCAUGCAUGUCUAAAUAUUCAUUACUAGGAGAAAAUUAAAACACAAAGUUUCUUCUGUUAUUAUCACUUACAACAGACAGGUACUGAUCAAUACCAAUCUAACAUUAAUCUAACCGAUAACAGGAAAUUUAAAAUAUAUAAAUUCAUUAGGAUAAGUCUGGAUAUAGUAUUAGAAACAAAUAUUGAAGUUGGUGCCGGACAUUAUGAUGAUUGAGUAAAAUUUUAUUGUAUUGGCUGUUUGAUAAAAACAUGAAUUAAGACAAACAAAAACUUGCCGCAGUAGACAAAAAUUUGUUACUUUUACAAAAAUGCUCUAACCAAUCGGCUGAUCUGUCCAACAUUUAGUUGGAUUUACAACUUGCAUGCAAUAAAAAUAAAUUGCGGCAAAAUACUAAAGUUGCUAUUGCUAGAUUUUGCAUGAUUCAUUGUCCCAUGUUAAGCAAAAAAAUAUAAAUAGCAUUAUGUAUGUUAAAAUAAGUGGUCAACAAAUGAUAUCGUGGGCUUAGUACAACAAUUAGGUGCUUAGGAACAUGGUCUUUACUAGAUAAAACAAAUAGUAUAGUUUCGUCUUAAUGUGUCAGUAGUAGUAACUUUUUUCACAACUCUCUGUAUGUGUUGUUAUGAAUAAAAUCUCGUUUUCGUUCAUAGGUUUCUAAUUCAUAGUACUUUCUAAAAAUACAAAGCCUGUCUUUAUGAGAAAACUUUCGGAAGCAUUUCUUUCGACAUGUUAUUUUACAUGGGUCAUGCAUGAAUUCUCCAGAAACAAAUUUGUUUCUAAAAGAAAUAUAAGCUUCUCUACAAGAAAUUACUUACCAGAACGAACAUUGGGGUUUUAAGGACUGCCUCUAAUAUCUUUUUGCUUCUAGAAUUCAUAUUUUUCACAACUUUGAGAACAUGUAAUUAAGUUUCUUACAAUUUGUUUUGUGGAUUCAGUGAGGUCUUGGUCUGGCAACUUAAAAUACCAGGUUGUAGUAACAAGAAUUAUUCUGAUUUAAGAGACACCUACUUCUUAACAUAUUUGAAAUGUCGUGAGACUUAUCUAGUUAUAGCAUAAGAAAGGACUGAAUCAUAGCGUUACAAGCCAGUAUGUAUCAUUAUUUCCCAGAAAAGUCAAGUUACCUGGUUGUUGUGCUAAACCCCACAAUAUUGUUUAAUAUUGGAUAGUAAAUGGGAUAUGUAAUUUCCUUUUAUCUACUCUAGGCUCAAUUAUUAGUACUGUACCAUUCAUAUCAUAUGCCCUGGGAUAUAUUUGAAUAUGAUGGGAUUUAAAUAAUAAAUACUCAACUAAAAAUAUUAGAAUUUGGAAGAAAAAAGUCACAUGUAUAGUGAAUAUUAUGACAUGCAAAAUAUUCUCAACCAUAUUUUUACACUUAGACGAUUUGUAUAUAUAUUUACAAUUUAAUUAUUUUUUCUAAAAAAAUUUUAUCAACUUUGAAAAUUUUUUCUCGUCACUUCUAGUCAUUUUUUUUGUCUAAUAAGGAAUAUUGUGAUAUGUAUGAAAAUAAUGUAGUAAUAAUAAUUUUAAUAUUGUUUAUCAAGUAUACGCUUCUGUAGUAAUUACUAUACAAACGUGCACAUGUAGACAAAACACUAAUAUACAGUUUGUGUUAUAGUUUUUAGUAACUCUGAACUAAUCUAGUAGUGGAAUAAGUAUUAAAUUGAUAUUCAAAAACAAAAACUUAGAGCAAAAGCAUUUGUUCACUUCCACGGCGGGUAUUUUGACAAUUUCUUAAAUUGCUCUAUACUGUCAUCAAUAACUUCACUUCUCUUAAGUAAUUGAUAUUGUGAUGUUAAAUACAUUCCGUAAAAAGCUGGUGAAGAAAUUAUCCAAACAUUUUUAAUUCAAAUUUGAAAUAUAUUAACAAAACCAUUUCAAAAAAUAUAAAUUCUGGUUUGGCCUUUCUUAUGCUUACAUACUUAUUCCAUUACUAAGAUUAUAGAUAUACUCUUAAUAUGAUAAACUUGUUUAGUAUUAGUAUCUAGCUAAAAAUUUACAUGAAAUUCAGUGUGAAAUUAUUGUAAUUAAUUAUAUAUUGUAAUCAUUAUACAAAGUGGUUUUAUAGAGGGUGUUAAUUUACGAUUUUUGUUAUUAGUAUUUUUAAAACAUUUUUUUAAUUGACAUACUCAAUAUACAUACUCAAUUAAAAAUGAAGAAUAUACAGAUUGAAGCAAAGUAUGACAAACGUUUUAGGUAAUGUCCCAUUGAAUUGUAUUUCAAAACUAUUUCGUAUACAAAUGCACAAGUUAUCAGAAUUAAAUAAAUAAGAUGAAAAUUAGAAAAGUGCUAAAAUUCUGUAAUAAAUCUUGUUGCUAUUUCGAAUGUGUCUACUAGCAAGUGCUUUACAACUUCUUUUAAGUUUUCAUAUAAAGUGAUCUUUCAUAGUAUCUAAUUUAUUUGUUAAAGGAAAUACGAAUACAUUUUUGUUUACUUCAGUACAUAUUUUCAACAAUACUCAAUAAUCACCGAUAGUUAAGGGGGUAUCCUGGUCUGGAAGCCUAAAUUUUAGGCAUUUUUUAAACUAAAGUAAAAAAAUUGAAAAACAUUUUGCUAUAAAUUUUUUAUAUAUUUAUUGACUUUUAAAGAAUAUAAAAAAAUAAGAAUUUCAAUAAAUUACAAGCCUGGAAAGUGGAGGCUACAAAAAUUUCUUAAUCUGUAAAGUCGCUAUCGCAUUGGCCUUAGCCAAAAAAAAUCACAAAAUGUCGUCGACAUGAAAUAUCAAUUUUUCUCCCCUUUUUUUUACCUUUUCGAAUUUUUUAAAAAUACUCCAAAGCCUGAGAUUCCAGUAGAACAAUUUGCUCCGCUCGGCCGGCUUAGACGCUACGUCGCAAAAUCUACUGCAUCUCCGGAAAUAAUGCGAAUUUGUAAAAAUUCGUUUAAGGACAUAUUCUUAAGGGUCUAUGUUAUAAAAAUAUGCAAAAAAAUCAUAUUUCUAGACCAGAAUAUGCCUUUGUUGUUAUUUGGGUUGAUAAAAUAAUAAAGCUUAAAAGUAUACCAAAGAAUUUAAAUUAGUAUUUGAAAAUUCAGAAUAAGAUCCUCUGUUCUGUAACAGGAUAUUCAAUGUUCUGAAGAUUCUGAAUUUAUGUAAUAAUUCUGCAGCUAUAUCUCUGACACACUGAAUUUCUGCAAUAUACAUUUUUUGGUAAUAAUCUAGAUUAGGUUACACCCUUCCGAUUUCGUUAAAAUUUUAGAACAUUAUGAAGAAAAUUACGCCAAACAAUACUAUAUAUACUGCGCGGAAACCAUUCCUUCAUGUACUUUUUUUCGAUUGAAGAAUUAAAUAAUAAUAAUCUAACCUAUUAUGUAUUUUAUAAUAAUCUAACCUAACCUAAAAAUUAUCACAAUUUUUAGGUUGGGUUAUUAUUAUUUUGGCUCUAUACCGACUUACGCCGAUUCUAGGAGGUGCUGCAUCAAGUACACGAAGACUACUUAGCGCAGUAAACAGUUAAAUAUGUACAUUAAUAUACAAAGAGCGACGGCAAUUCGUGUGUGCAGUGCGUUUAGGACUGUAUCAACUGAAGCUGUCCCAGUACUGGCAAGUAUAAUACCUAUCGACCUGCAGGCUCAACAAAGAUCUCGAUGUAUGGGGAAAGAAUUAUAAGUAUGUGGCAAACAAGGUGGUCUGAUAUCACUGCUAAGUGUCAAUGGACUAAAAAGUUGAUAACUAACAUAAAUUUAUAAGUAACAAGAACACAUGGUGAAUUAAACUAUUAUUCGAAAAAAAUGCUAACUGAACAUGGAUGCUUCCAACAGUAUUUUUUCCGGUUUAAAAUUUCGGACACACCACAUUGCAUUAUAUGUAGCAAGCAAAUAGACUUGUUUUGAAUGUCUCCAGUGAGAGACAGAAAGAAGAACCGCCGAGACGGAAAUAGGCGAUAAAAUUUCACCCGAAAAUAUCGUGGAACAUAUGCUAAAGAGUCCGUAAGAAUGGGAAGUAAUACUAAUAGUAUAUUAACAUGAAAAGGAAUGUUGAAGUAAUACCUUUGGGUGAUUCCAACAUUCUUUAGAACGAACAGCAGGGAUUUUUUAGUGAGUAGAAAUCCCACACUACCGAAGUCCGAGGGGUGUAACCUAAUUUGGAUAAUUACCCAUUUUUUAAAAAAUACUUUAUAUCUUAUUGAUAUACUCCCUAUUAACAAAAUAAUACUCAGUUUUAAAAAGUAAUUUGUUAUCUGAAAAAUUUUUUAGAUAAAGGAAUGAGAUACGGUUUUCACAUAAUUGUGUUUUUUUCUAUGGUUAAAUAAAGGGAGUUCACUUUAUAAAUAUUUGUGUAUAAAUAAUAGAUUAGGUUCAAUGUUUCAGAAGGAUUUGUAAUUAUGCCAUACUAAACUGACAAUUUUACAAUAUAACUAUGCACAUGUACUUGAUCAUGAUAAAAACCAGUUUUAGAAUAUAAAUCAAGAUUUUGGUGUCAUUGGUUGAAUUAUUGUGACUAAUUAAAUAAAACAUUUAAUACACUUGUUUAUAAUAAAAUAGUAACCAAAAUACUAGAUAAUCAAUGCUAUGGAAAUUAUGCAUGAAAAGUUAUUAAGAAUUAUUUAUAUGUGUAAAAUAUGAAGUACAUUAGAUGUAAUAUUUUGUAAAAAUAUUCAAUAGGUGGGGUCAUAAAAAUAAAUUACAUUUUUCAGAAGCGACACAGAAAAAUUAGUUGCUGGAUACCUUAAAAAAUUCUUAGCAAAUAUGAGAGCUGUUAAUUUUAUUAAGGGUCUUUUUUUUUCUUAGUUCAAUAUACAAAAAUUAGUUCCUCAUCAUUGGUUGUACAGAAAAAUGUUCUUGAAGAAUUUUUUAGGAAAUUUAACGCUCUACAAAAAAUGUAUCCUCAACAUUUGAUUGGUAUUGAGGAUUUAAGUUUGAUUAUCUUAAGACAAGUUUUAUGAGAAAUUAAAUGCUCUAAAAGAUGGUAUUUUAUGUUAUAACAUUAAAUAGUCGAAAAAUUUUAUUGUAAUUUAUGAAUUUCAUACUAAUUGUGUUUUUUAGUAUACAAGUAAAUAAAAAAUGUUUGAAAAUAAUUAAUUCAGUUAAAAAUUGAUAUAAAAAGCUUUUUUAUAACUAACUGGGCAUUUUUCUCUCUCUAAAACUGAAAUUAUCUACUAUCUUGAUAUAUUUAUAAUAAAAACUUCUUUUGUUAAUAAAUAAUUAACUAAGCAAUAAAUAUUUUGAUUAUUUGCUGUUGAUAAAAACUAAAAUUCGUGUAUAUUCCCUCAAAUUUUAGUUUUUAUCAACUGAAAAACGUCAAAACAUCUAUCGCUUGGCUAAUUAUGUAUUAAUAAAAGAAAAAAGUUUUAUAAAUAUAUUUUGAUUGUAGAUGAUUACAGUUUUAGAGAAAAAAAGUUCGGUUAGUUAUAUAAGCCGCGACAAUUACAUGAGUCAAAAAAGGCCUUGCAUACAUAUUUACAAUACUGAUAUUAAAGAUGUAACUCUUUUUAGUUAUUAAUUAAUUAUUAAAUUCAUAAAUUAAAUUAAAAUUCUUCGAUUAUUUAAUUAAAAACUCUUGAAAUCGAUAUACAUGAAAGUUUUAUUAUGAAUAUCUAUUCAUAUACAAAAAUGAAAUUUGUCUUGAAAUAAUCAAAUUGAAAUCUUCAAUUGAUUACAAAAAAAAUGUAGGAUCCCUUUUUUGUAGAACAUUAAAUUUCCUAAAAAAUAACGUUUUUCUGUAGAAUCAAUUAAUGAUGAGAAAUGAUUUUUUUUCUAUUGGAUUGAGAAAAAAACAAUGCGGAGGAUCUUCCUACUAAAAUUAAGGACUCAUAUUUUGUGAGAAUUUUUUAAAUUUGUUCCUUGUCACUUGUAAAAAAAUAUUUGAUUUUUUUGACCCACUUUAAUAUUCAAUAAAACUUGUAAGAAAACCGUAUUUCAAUAUUCUAGAUUUUUACAUUGAGGAUCUGUGCAAAAUAUGACAAACUAUAUAUCAGUGGCGGCUUGUGGUAAAAAUAUUCAGAAGCUGUACAAUGUUUCCAAAAAACUUAUCUUUUAGAAGUUUUGUCGUAUUUCUCAUCGAUUUUAUCAGCUUCCAUGCUGAAAUAAUGGAUUAUUGGAGUGGUGAAUCGCCAAACACUUCCUUACUGAAGACUUUACUUUUAUUAUCUUCUCAAAAAUGUCCUGAAUACUUUAAGACUUCCGUUAACUUAUUAAUGUUGUACACUAUCGGGUAUGCUUCUUCGACCAGAACCCUACUGUGGCCACAGAAGACAAUUAAAAAGAUUUAUAACCAUAUCACCACCAAAGAAGUCUGAAGAACCUCUCGUGAUGUCUAGAAACGACAUGAAACUGGUGAUCGGUCUUCUAACAGGUCACUGCUCCGCAAGUCCUGGAAACAGCAGAGCAUCUACUCUGCGAAUGUCCUGCCCAUUUCGCUAAAAGGCAUGAGUACUUUGAAAGAGUAGUACUAAUACCUAGGGAAGUGGGACACAAGAACCUCAAUGGAAUAGCCUCCUUUGAUACAGAAUAAUAAGAUGUAGAGUCUCGUACGAAAUAUCUUCUAAGUAUAGGUGAAGAGUGGCUGUAAAGCCAAAACGACUUCCCAAAUCAAUCUACGAAUGAGAUGCUUCGGGACUCACUUAGAGUUGCAUCUAAUUCAGCCGAAAAAAUUUAAGUCCAAGAAAUAUGCCACGAUUAUCGGAAAUAUCAGUUUCAUCAUGUCCGCGAAGAGCAAAGUCAAAUUUUUCACAAUUUUGUUUAUAAAUUAUCUUGAUUUUAGGUUUCUACCAAUUAAAAUGUCGUUUAAAAGCAUGUAAUAUUGACGUUUCGACCACGUUCGCUCUUUAUCAAAAGAAGUAAGAAAUUAGACAAAUUUUUCUAUAUUUCGACACAUUUUCAUUACGCACCUGUCUAUUUAACCAAUAAGUAGAAAUUGUACUAGAAUAACGAAUAAUCUGUGUGAUUAUGAAGGAGUUUUCCUGUCUUUUUAUUUGUAAACUAAAGUGCUCGACCCCUAUUUCCAUCCAAAAAGUAAGCAGGAAAAGUAGAAUACAAUUUUUUGGUUACAAUCUAAUCAUUUUUGACAUAAAUAACUUUGAUUGGAUUUGUUGUGUAGCUUUUUUUCCUUGGUAAUGACCAACCUGUUGCUUGUAUUCGAACGACCGAUUUGUUGAAAUGAUAAGAACUGUAUUUAGUUUAUAAUUUGUUUAUUGAUGUAUAUUUCUAACGAUAGAACUAAUACUCGUUACAUACUCUCGUCUUUACGACUACCCUGACCUUGUAAUAUCCCCUCCUUUAUCUAAGGUUGGGAGAUACGAUCCCCACUUGUUAUAAUUAUACCUAUUUUUUCAAGAAUGCAGUGAACUUCUCCAGCUAAAUCAUGCUACACUGCUAAAACUCAUUGGUAAUCGAAAGCGCGCGCAAAGCACGUUCGUGUAUUUCAAAUAUCACUCAGAUGGUAGGUGGAUUAAUCAACUGGCCAAAUUUAAUCAUCGCUGGCAUCAUUUCGUUUCCAGUUUAUUUUAUAAAGUAUAUCAAGGCGACAGCGAAGUAUUAAAAAAUUUUUAUUUGGAUAAGUAAUUAAAAAUACUGUAUUAGUUCAAAUUAUGUAAUUGUCAUUUUUUGCGAACUCUACAGCGUUUAUGCACUAGCCGCCCCUGUUAUAUAUAAUAUAGAAAUAUAUAGAUUGAAAUGAACAUUUUGUUUUCUUAUUUUUUUUACUUUGCACAAAUUAUUCUGCUAUUACUAAUAUAAACAUUUUGGAUGCUGGAUUGUUUUGUUGCUAUGUUUACAUUUUAUGUAUUUGUUGGUAUAUUAUAUUCAAUUGGUGCUUAUUAAAUAAACAAAUUGUUGAUUAGUUAAUAUAAAGUUUGUAUGUAUAGAACUUGCAUUAUUUACAAAAAGACCCAUUCUAUUGGCUCAAUGAUAAAAAUAAAAUAUAAUAUUA